AUGACAUCACAAUUUUUCGGAUUAUUUACUCACAUUUUUGAAGUAUCGUUCGAAGAUAACUUUUCAUAUCCGUACGAUGGUGAUGUAUCAUUAUCAGUAGAAGCUUUAAAGCACAACAAGAAUCCAGAAAUCACUCCAAUAAAUUACUACAAUUACACUUAUAUUAGUGACAUUAAAGAACAUUGUGUUGACAAUGAUUAUCAUACAUUAAGAAUAAUAUUUAUAGUCAAAUCGGCAAUCGAUCAUUUUGACCGUCGUAGUGCAAUAAGAAAUUCAUGGGGUCACAAAAAACGUUUCUUCGACGUACCAACACGCACGGUAUUUCUAUUGGGUAUUAAUCCAAAUAUUGAUAAGCUGUUGCAAUUAAAGUUAGACGAAGAAAUAAAAAAAUAUAAAGACAUUGUUCAAGCCAAUUAUAUUGACACAUACUAUAACAAUACAAUAAAGACAAUGAUGGGUUUAAAAUGGGCAGUUAAUUAUUGUUCAAACUCAAAAUUUUAUAUGUUUGUUGAUGAUGAUAUUUAUGUAUCUGUUAAAAAUGUAUUGAGAUUUAUAAGGAACCCAACUUCUUAUCCAGAUUAUUUACAAGAUCCUAGUAGAUUGGGUGGACCACGCAAACGUGAAAUUAGUGAAUCCUAUGUGCCAAAUUAUAACUAUCGUUUGCCAAAUAAUAAUAAUAAUUUCAAUGAUACUACCAACGAAACCAAUACCAAUUAUCAAAGGCAUCAAUAUAAAUUAAAUGAUACUCUAAUUAAUAUAAGUAGUAAUGAUAAUAACAGUAAUAAUAAUAGUAAUAGAAAUUUAAUUAGAAAUCGUAGACAAGUAUUUGAUUUUGAAUUACCAAGUGACGUAAUACUAUUCGCUGGUUACGUAUUUGUAUCAUCACCACACCGUUACAAAUCAUCUAAAUGGUAUGUCUCAUUAGACGAGUACAAAUAUGAUAUGUGGCCGCCAUAUGUUACUGCGGGUGCUUAUAUAUUAUCUAAAGAGGCACUCAUUGAUAUGUAUUACACGAGUUAUUAUACUAAGCAUUUUAGAUUUGAUGAUAUUUAUUUAGGUUUAGUUGCUAAAAAGGCUGGUAUUGAACCUUUUCAUUGUGAUGAAUUUCAUUUCUAUAAAAAGGAAUACACUAAAUAUAAUUAUAAAUAUGUUAUUACGUCACAUGGUUACGGUGAUCCUGGUGAAUUAAUGCAAGUGUGGAAUGAACAAAAAUCAUUAGGAAAUGCUUAA